ACAUUGUUCUUUCUGAAAAAAAGAAGCCAUGGAGUUCCAUCUCUGGUUACCAACAACUGUAGCAACCAUAUUUUCCGUUAUUUUAGUAGCUUUCCUGAUCCAUGUCGUCAAGGGGAAGUGGGCAAAGAGAGGGAAGAAAAUAGAACCACCUCAAGCGAAGGGUGCAUGGCCAAUAAUYGGUCACCUGCAUCUUCUAGGUGGAUCUCGCCUACCUCACAUGGUUUUAGGUGAUAUGGCGGAYAAGUAUGGCCCUAUCUUCACCAUCAAGCUUGGUAUUCACAAAGUUUUGGUGGUGAGUGAUGGGGAGACAUCUAAAGAAUGUUUUACGACAAACGACAAGAUCUUUGCAACUCGACCCAAAUCAGAGGCAGUAAAACUGAUGGCCUAUAACUACGGCGCAUUCGGUUUUACUCCGUAUGGGGAUUAUUGGCGACAAGUGCGCAAGACAAUGAUGCUCGAGGUUUUUUCUCAACGACAAGUUGAGAUGCUUGGACAUGUUCGGGUUUCAGAACUUAGAGCAUCCAUCAAAGAUAUAUUUGAUGCUUGGGUAGAGAACAACGAUGGUGAACAUUCAGAUAAGGUCAUGAAGGUGGAAAUGAGCCAAUGGUUUGGCAACUUGAUGGUAAACAUUAUAGUUAGGCUUAUUUCAGGAAAGAGGUUUUCYCCUAAGGAUGAAGAAGGGAUUCGRUUUCAGAAGGUGGUAAAGAAAUUCUUCSWGUUAAUGGGGGCAUUUGUGGUGUCUGAUUUUAUCCCGUAUCUUAAGUGUUUGGAUGUGGGUGGAUACAUCAAAGAUAUGAAAAAGACAGCUGAAGAUUUCGACAACAUCUUUGAUGGAUGGUUAAAGGAGCACAAAACAAAAAGAGUGCGUGACCAGCAACGUGAAGGCAGCCAAGUUUUCAUGUCUGUGCUUAUUGCCAUUCUUGAAGGUGCUUCUGAAGAGGAUUUCCCUGGUUUUGACCAUGAUACAGUUAUCAAAGCCGCAUGUCAACAACUCUUUGUAGCUGGCUUGGACACGACAGCUUUGACAUUGACAUGGGCUCUAUCAUUGCUGCUCAACAACCCAAAGGCAUUAAAGAUUGCCCAUGAUGAAAUUGAUGAGCAUGUUGGAAGGGACAGACUAGUGGAGGAGUCAGACCUGAAAAACUUGGUCUACCUUGAUGCCAUCAUCAAAGAAACAUUGCGUCUGUACCCAGCUGCACCUCUCUCGGUUCCCCAUGAGUCCAUGGAGGACUGCGUUGUGGGUGGCUACAACAUCCCAAAAGGCACUCGUCUGUUGGUAAAUCUUUGGAAACUUCAUCGUGAUCCAAACAUCUGGUCAGAUCCCUUGGAAUUCCGGCCGGAAAGGUUCUUGACAAGUCACAAGGAUAUCGAUGUCAAGGGAAAACAUUUUGAAUUGCUUCCGUUUGGUAGUGGUAGAAGAAUAUGCCCUGCCAUUUUGCUUGCCCUCCGAUCUGUCCGUGUAACACUAGCUAGUUUGAUACAACUGUUUGUGCUCCAAAAACCAUCAAAUGAACCCAUUGAUAUGACUGAAAGCCCAGGAAUGACUAACAACAAAGCAACACCACUAGUGGUCCUUCUAUCCCCUCGUUUAUCCCCUGGCAUGUAUUGUUUUGGUUCAUGAUAUGCCACAUCCAUCCAUCWUUCAGUACCASACAAUCACCACUUMCAAUAUGAGCCAGGAACGUGAUCCAAAUUGGACUGCAAAGUAUGGUUUCAGAGUGUGUCAAAUAGUCUARUUACUACAAGUUUGAUCAUUGUGUAACAAAGGCACCUGUUGAAUUUGGUUCAUGUUGUGUAUGAUAAUAAGUUUAAGGAGAUGCUGUGUAUGAUAAUAAGUUCAAUAUGUUUUUAUAUUUUUGUGUAAUUUGUUUAGCAUUUGAGGCCAUGUGGCUUGAACCUUGGUUUUAAUUACUUAAUAAUCAUAUUAUGUAAUAGAGACCGUGUAUUUGAUCAUAGUUAGUUAUUUUAAAACGAUAGUAUGUUUGGACUA